AUGGAGUUCGAAGCAGAAACAGCACCUCCCUCAUUGAGCUACAAGAGUCUAACAGAUGGACAGGAAGCGCUUCUCGCACUGUUGCCAAUCCCAUCUGGUAUACUAGGCAUAAUGGGAAGUUGGGUUGUCAUUCAAAUGGCAUUUCGCAUGCGAAAGGCUCAAUCAUGGUCUCCGUAUCAAGCUUUGCUGACUGGAAUGAAUGUUUGCAGUAUAUUCUAUACCAUGACGAACAUGACGGGAUCAUUACUCUAUCCGAAAGAGACGUCCACCAAAGUUUGGGCUUUUGGAAACGAUGCAAGCUGCAAAGCUAUAGGGGCUAUGAAUCAGUUUGGGACAGCCGUCAUGCUGUAUCAAGCUAUGCUGUGCUGGUACUUUGUGUUGAUCAUUCGGUUCGGUUUAUCGGACCAAAAAAUCAUCCAAAGCUAUGAAACUAAAAUGCACAUUGUGCCUGUCGGAUGGGCAUUGCUAACCUCAUUUGCAGGUCUAUUCUUGGACGUAUAUGGCGAGAGACAGGUAUCACUUGGAUGUUGGAUCGAUGAAUGUCCUUUUGAUGACGCUGGGGAAAGGAUUCCUUGUGCCAAGUCAACCUUUUCGAACAUCCUCGGCAGAGGAUCUUAUGUCUUCACUUUCUUCUUCCUGAUUAUCAGCAGCAUUGUCAAUUGGCGUCAUGCACGGAAACAAAUGAAGGACGCGGACGCGCAUGCAAGCACUAACGACGACGCUGAAGAGGCUGCCGAGAGGAGUGAGACCAUCGUACGAGGAGACGACGGAGAAACUCAACUAGGAGAAGAUUCCAAGAAAAGAAGAGAGGCAGCUAAACGAAAAAGAGAUGAGCGGAAUCUCAAUCACAUACGGGAUCAGGCUAUUCUUUUUGUAGGUGGCUUUCUGCUGUGCAAUGUGGUGACCUAUAGACUGAAUUUCACGGUGGGAGAUGUCCGGCGCAUUGAUCUUUAUUCGGGAACGUCAGUUACAUACGCAGAAGAGAUGGAGUUGCCCUACAAGUACUAUCCCUUACUUGUGCUACAGUCGCUUCUACUACCACUACAAGGCUUUGUGAACUGCCUUAUUUACGUGAGGCCUCAAUAUAUCAAAAGUCGGCGGCAUUUCCCACAGGAGAGCAGAUUAUGGGCCUUUCGCCGAGCAGUGCAUGGCAAAGUCAUUUUACCCGUCAGACCGGAAGCUGCACACGCUUCUAUGCGGAUAACCCGUAGGAGUAAGGUAGCACCGAAGUCGACUAGGAUCAUGUUCGACGGUUCGAGACGAAGUGAUGGAGGAACUGCUGAAUUAGAAGACAAUACAGGUAGUUUUGGAGACGACGAACCUCCUGCUGCUGAAUUCGGGAGCCAAUGA